GGUAGAGGUGAAUUGAAAUAUCCAAAUGGUGCUGUCUAUGAAGGUGAUAUUAUUAGAGGAAAGAGACACGGUUUUGGUGAAUUGUAUCACGUUCAGGAAAAUAAGAAAUACUUUGGUGGAUUUUCUGAAGAUCUGAAAGAUGGUUUUGGAGUGGAAGUAAUGGGUAAUGGUGAAAGAUAUUAUGGUGGCUGGAAGAAUGGUUUAUAUCAUCAUAUGGGAACUUAUCAAUAUAUUGAUGGUUCAUAUUUCCAAGGAGAAUUCAAGAGAGGUACUAGAAAAGGAAAAGGUAAACUUUACCUUGCCACAGGUGACGUUAUUGAAGGAACUUGGAGUGGAGACAAG